UUCGAGCUGACGGAGUGGGCUAGUAAAGUUGAUGCAGAGGGCGGUAAUAAGCUCACACAGCAUCUCAACGUGCUGGGCCCCGAAUUUAAAGUGGGUCAAGCGGUGGUGGUCUCCGAUGUGGGUGGGUAUGAAGCGGUGGCUCUCACCAGCUUUGGACCCAAGGAUGCUGGCGAGGAUGAACUGGAAGGUCUUCAUGAGGGGAGGGAGAACGUACGCUGGGGCAUCGGCGCCGGACACAGAGUCCUAGAUCCGUACGGUUUUGCCAACCGGCAGACGUGGUACGACCCCGGCCUGUAUGGCGACGCUAGCGCCGAGAGCUUCACGCUCGCCGAGUGGAAAUUCGAUAAGUUCCGACACCACCCGGCUCUUCCGCCGACGGGUCAACCCGGGAUCGACACUGACGAGGCGCAGAUCGGAAGGAUUCGGGGCAAGGCUCAAAACUGGGCGCGAUAUCUGUCAGACAUGCCUGCCAACAAAAUGACCCCUACUGACGUAGCACAGGAAGCGAUAGACGUACUUUGCCCACUGGGCGUCAAAGUGACCGCUAACGACAAGAGCUGGAUCGAGGCCAACAACAUGCAGGCGUUCCUCACCGUGGCCAGGGGUUCCUGCGAACCCCCCGUCUUUCUCGAGUGCGAGUACAAAGGCCUGGAUAGCGGCAAUGUUAUACUAAUGGCGGCUAAAGGUGUUACCUUCGAUAGCGGCGGCCUGUGCCUCAAGAACCCUUCGGAUAUGAUCGAGAACAGAGGAAGUAUGGCGGGCGCCGCCGCGGCGCUCGGUGCGAUACGGGCUUUAGCUGAGCUUAAGGCAAAAGUCAAUGUGACUUUGGUGGUCCCGCUCUGCGAGAACAUGAUCUCGGGGCAGUGUAUGAAAGUCGGCGAUAUCGUGCCCGCGCUCAACGGGGUCAACAUACAGAUCGAAGACACGGAUAUGGAAGGGCGGCUGAUGAUGGCCGACGCGCUGGUGUACGGGCAGGCCAAGUACAGGCCCUACACCGUCGUCGAUGUUGCCACGCUCACACACGGCAUCAAGAUGGCGACGGGCGGCGGGUGCUACGGCUGCUUCGCGAGCGCGGAGUAUCUGUGGGGCUGCGCCCAGCGAGCCGGCGCCGCCGCCGGCGACCGCCCGUGGCGCUUCCCGCUGUGGCACUACUACCGCCGGCAGAUCCAAGAUGACCCAUCAGUGGACUUAAGGAACCGCGGUUCAGGAAAAGCGACGCCCUGCAUCGGUGCGGCUUUCCUACGGCAAUUCGUCUGCGCCGAUUGGCUACACUUCGACAUCACUGGCGUAGGUAAACUGGCGCACGACCCGCCGCCAUACUUGUGCUCGAAGCGCAUGAGCGGCCGUCCCACACGAGCGUUGACGCACACCCUCAUGAACAUAGCCGAGCACGACGAGUGCAAGACCCAGAGUCACUAGUAGGUGU